CAUAAAUUAGUUGUAUACAAGUGCAUAAAAUUUGCAGUCAAGUUAUAUAAACAUUAUGCUGAAAGACACACGAGUUAUACGAACAUAAAGUAAAUAGUAAAUAUUAAGAUUUUAUUACGAUUAAACCGAACGCGUUUUGCCUCACCGCCCGUGUCUGAGUGUCUCUUUAAGGCGAGCCGGCUGCAAAGCGUCCUUCUGGUUGCCAAGGAAACGUGUGAAGGGACACAACGCAGACAGGAGCGUGAUAGUGUGCUAGUGUUUCUUUUUAAAUAUUUCAACAUUAUUUGCGAAACUUUCACUUUCUACGAGCUUGGAGUUGGAGGUUAAUUGUUGUAAAUUCAUACUUUACAGUCUGGUUCAUCAGGUGAAUGUGUGGAUCUGUACCCUGAUAGAAGACACAUGGAGGAAAACACACACGCACUGCCACCCCAUUCUCCUUUGCAUUCCCCUAGAAAUCAUUCAGAAAAUCUAUCUCUAUCCCUCUCUCUUCCACACCCUGCUGCUGUCCUCCAUGCUUCACUCCCUCUCUCCCCAACCACCCCUACCCAUUCUUUCCCACCCUCUUAUCUCCAGUCUUCAUCAACCCCUCAGAUAUCUGGAGGGUCACACUGCCUUAAUCCCACCACAGAAUCUGACCAGGAUGACCUGACCUGCCUUAGCUGGCUACAUCAAAGAGGGAACCUUUUGCCCCUGCAGCCCAUGCCCAGAGUUACCAAUCUGCCCCAGCCAUUGCACAACUUUUCCACCCAGUCCCUUCCUUCCUGCCCCGCAAAGCCACCUUACUCUUUCAGCAGUCUCAUCUUCAUGGCAAUCGAAGACUCGCCAGAGAAACGACUCCCUGUGAAAGAUAUUUAUGAAUGGAUUGUCAACAACUUCCCCUACUACAGAGAAGCUUCAAGUGGUUGGAGGAACUCAGUUCGACACAAUCUGUCCUUGAGCAAGAGUUUCCAACGAAUACAUCGUGAUAAGAGUCAAUCUGUUGGAAAGGGCUCACUGUGGCGUGUCUGUCCACAGUAUCGUCCGGCUCUUCUGGAGGUUCUUAGAAAAACGCACUACUGCCAUCGUACCAACAGCAACUUGUUAAACAAUUCUGUUUUAUUGGAGGCAUCUAAUAAUGGGCAGAGCUGCAUUAGUGACACAUUGGAAAUAUCAGAUCUCGAAUCUCUCUCUUCAAACCCAUCCUGCUCUUUGACACCAGAUCAUGAAGAGUUGGUCCCAAUGGAGUCUGUAGACCUCACAGAAGUUUCAGGCGAGGAUUCAGAGAAAGAUCCGUUGGGAGACAGUGGUUACAUUGAGUUACAUUAUUAUCAAUACCAGCAGUAUCAGUACUUGGUUCUUCCAGGAGAAACUGAGUUGGACCUGGAGACGGUUGAGAUACUGCAGCUUGAUGCGGAGGCACAGGAGGCUGCGGGGUCACUGCUUGAUCUUGCAGGAGGCAACCACUGACACUAAUAAAUGUGUGGUAUGUACAAGCAAGGAAGGUUAAUGGGGAAAGGGCCCACUGUGGAAGCUCUUAAAAAACCUUGGCUUGAUGUACUAUUGUCACUUUAUAACUGCCUGUAUUUUUAUUUACUGUCAUGAAAUGUGCAACACAAGCAAACCCAAAUAAUGUAGUGAUUUAAAAAAGACGUGUAGGGGUCUGACAGCACUGUGAGAAAUCAUGUGGGCUUAUUCUUGCUCUUUGUGUAUAUUUUUAACAGUGGUAAAAACCAUCUGCAAAAUGACAAAAUAUUUGUCAGAAAGAACAAACAUAUUUAUUGUUUUUAUGUCAUGUCUGAUAAGAAAAAAUGAAUGCACUUCCAUGCCAUUGUUCAUUAUGUUACCAAUUUGAUCUUUAAAGGGGACACCAUGAAAAUCAGACUUAUCCUUGUUUAAGUGCUAUAACCUAGAAAAUGUGAG